AUGGAAGGCGGCAACAGCCCAAACCUGCAACUUCAGCAACUCCCGUUGGCCACAGCAGCUGUUUCUGUGCAGCCACACACUGACUCCUUUUCUUACAAGGAGAACUUGAUUGGGGCAUUACUAGCUAUUUUUGGGCAUCUUGUUACCAGUAUUGCACUCAACCUCCAGAAAUACAGCCACAUCCGACUGGCAGGUUCCAAAGACCCCCGAGCCUACUUCAAAACCAAGACGUGGUGGUGUGGACUGUUUCUGCUGGUGCUGGGAGAACUGGGAGUGUUUUCCUCUUACGCCUUUGCUCCUCUUUCACUGAUCGUGCCACUCAGUGCGGUGUCUGUUAUAGCUAGUGCAAUCAUAGGAAUUAUAUUUAUUAAAGAAAAAUGGAAGCCCAAGGAUUUUUUGAGGCGCUACGUUUUGUCCUUUGUAGGCUGUGGUUUGGCAAUUGUUGGAACUUACCUGCUGAUAACAUUUGGACCUAAUAGUCAUGAGAAGAUGACAGGAGAAAAUAUCACUAGGCAUUUAGUGAGCUGGCCAUUUCUGUUGUAUAUG